UCUCCCCCUCCCCCUCCCACGCCCCCCAGUCAGGGGCGAUUCAUUCAUAACAAGCGAGUGUCAUAACUCCAUUUGUUUACAAUAUUUGAUUGAAUAUUGGUCAUAUUUUGUGUCUGUUGGAGGUGCUACCAGCGUCGGUUCACGAUGGCGGGGACCGGCACUAUAUUUUCCCCCCGCCUGAAGGCGGGAAUUCGAAUGUCAACGAAACUAGAUGCUGAUGGGAAGGAAGUGGAGGUUGAGAUUCGAGAAGAUGAGGAGCAACAAAUCAAGCUGCAGGAAACCCUUGACCUGCUGGUUGCCGCGGGAUACUUCCGGGCUCGAAUCAAGGGUUUAUCUCCCUUCGACAAGGUUGUCGGAGGCCUAACAUGGUGCAUAGAGAUGUGCAACUUUGAUAUUGAUGUUGACCUUCUUUUUCAAGAAAAUCUUACUAUUGGUCAACGCAUAUCUUUGACUGAAAAAAUUGUUGCUGUCCUGCCAAUAAUGAAGUGCCCUCACCGCAUUGAGCCCCAUCAGAUACAAGGCCUGGACUUCAUUAACAUUUUCCCAGUCAUACAGUGGCUGGUUAAAAGAUCCAUGGAAACAAGAGCAGAGAGAGCUGAGCGGAUGCGUGCACAUGCUGUUGACCAAUUCAACCGUUAUUAUGGCCAGCCAACCAACAAUGCCCAGAUACUUGCUACCGCUUCCAAUGUGCGGCAUGUACAGGAAACGUAUCGCCCUCAGAGAAGAUUUAGACGUCAAGUUCCUGCUCAGCUAGACGAAGACUUGGACACACGUAUCCACAGCACCCUCCUUGAAUAUGGUCCAUUGCAGCGGCGGUCUUCAACUGCUCAAUUGAAAGGAAAGGAAACAUCUCCUGAUCAGGGAGAGCUUUCAGCUCAGUUACAGGAGCAAGAAAGGGCAGAGGAGCUUCGUGUGAAAGCUCUCAUGAAGAACAUGGCCUCUGCUGAAGAACGAGAGAGUCGUCUGUCAGCCGGAUUGGUGGGAAGCAUAGUGAAUCUUCAGGCUGAUGAGAUAGCCCAAGCCGCUCGGCACUAUGAAAAACUUCAGGCAACAUUUGAGGCCACUCCUCAAACUGCCUCAACAAGGGCUCUGCAGGCUCUGACCAGGCAGAAAGACUUGCUGAAAGAGAAAGAGUCUAAGCUCAUGGCUGAAGCCAAUGAACUACGCAACUCUCUUAAUGAAGCUGAAGAAAGGGUGUCAUCUGCUAAAGAGAAACAACUAGAGCUGAAACAACAACUCCAACAACUUGACAUUUCAGAAAACAAAAGCUCUGUGCAGCAGCUUCAAUCCUUGGUUGAAACUUAUGACAGUCUUAAGGAUCAGGAAAGUCGUUUUCGUAAACAGUGUCAAUCUGAAUUAUCUCGCCUUCAAGCCUUGGCAGCUGAGGCUGCAGAAGGCCGCACAGGAUCUGAGGGCAUUGAUAUAAGUGAACUUGGAACCACUCUUGCUGCAGAGCGGGAGGCCUUGGUUGCUGUCAGGUUGCGAUUAGCACGUGCCACAAGAACAACUGCCUCUCUUCAGCGACAACUGGAUGAUGUGCCAGGCCGUGCUGAGCUUGCUCAAUAUCAGCGCAGAUUUUUGGAGCUCUACAGCCAAGUUGCUGCUAAACACAAGGAAACAAAGCAGUUUUAUACUCUGUACAAUACUUUGUCUGACACCAAACUCUAUAUGGGCAAGGAAUUGACAUUGUUGGACUCAAUUCUUGAAAACUAUCAUGAGGCCCUGUCUUCUCCAUCAAUGAGAGACCAGUUUAUCAGACAGUUUGAGAGCAUAGUUGAGAAUGUGAAUCAAAAUAAAAUCAAGAUUGAACAGCGCCGGAAUGAGGAGAGAGCCAGGAGGGACAAACUCAAUAGACAACAGGUUGCUCUCUUAGAACUUGAAAGGAGUUAUGUGGCUGCAGUUAGACAAUUGACAGUCGAGUGCCGUAAAAACGCCGUUCUCCUAGCACAAUUGAGAGCAACAGAAACAGCAAGUAAAUGAUCCAAAAUGAUUUAUGUUGUUGGGUGAUUGUUUUGUCAUUUGAAAGUAUGCAAUCAACAUUUAUGUAUUGGAUGAUUUCUGAUUUUAUGUAAUUUUAUAAUGUUUAUUUUGGCUCAGAUUUUUAAGUUGAACUGUGUCAUUUCCUUUGCUAGUCUAAACACCUGUUUGUUAUGUUAUGUAUCACAACUUUAAAUGAAUUUCAUUGUAAUUAUAUUUUUGAUUACAAUAAUGUCAGUCAGUAGUGAUGAUUUGAUAACAUAAAUUUUUACAUGUAGGUAAUUUU